UAGACGUACUGUAGGUUAUAUGUUACGCUGAAUGUUUUGUCUACUUUGUGUCUUGCAGAUAUGAAUUUGCUUUGCCGAAGACUGAUCGUCGAGGACUUUGAACGUCUCUGCUCAUAUCAAAUUUUUUUCUUCAAGUAAUGGACAUUUGAUUUCUAUUUUUGCCUCAAGUUGUUCCCGAAGGAAAGGGUAGCAUUUAGCUAUCACAGCCCCACCCAAGUCUUCAGUUUCUAUUAAAACAAUGAAGGCUGACGAUAUAAAAAUUGUCUGAAUAAGCUCUAUAAGUGCCUUGAAAAGCACAUAAAACUCCCGAGACGCUGAGGAUCUAUAGUAUCAGUAAAAUGGCAGGGGGACCAGUUGACCCGAGGGAAAUUUUGAAAGGAGUGGAGAAUCUUCUAGGGAAGGAUGGAGAGCUCCGGAGUCUGGAGGGUGUGCCCAAAGUAUUCAGUUUAAUGAAAGCUUCCACCAAGAUGGUCAGUAGAUGCAUGUACCUGAAUAUACUGAUGCAGACGAAAUCACACGAUGUUCUCAACAGGUUUAUCCGCGUGGGCGGGUACAGGUUACUCAACUCGUGGCUCACAUACUCGAAGACGACCAACAACACGCCUCUGCUCCACCUCAUCCUGCUCACGCUGCAGAAGCUCCCCCUCAAGAUCGACCACCUCAAACAGAACAACACGGCCAAGCUGGUGAAGCAGCUGAGUAAAAGUGCAGAGACGGAGGAGCUCAGGAAGUUGGCGUCCGUGCUGGUGGACGGCUGGAUGGCCACUAUCCGCUCCCAGAAGGUCUCAGCCAGUGACGCUGCAGUGGAUAAGAAAAAGAGGAAAGAGGAACCCAAAGCCCCAGUUGUGAAGGAGAAGAGCACAGAAGAGGAGAAGAAGAAGGAAAAGAGUAAAGCUCACGCCCCCAGCCAUGCCAAGAUCCGCUCUAUAGGUUUCGACAUGGACGCCCCAAACCCUGCUCCCGCUAAGAAGCCCCCCGUAGCGCCUCAGCUGGGAGACAAAUACAACAUCAAACCCCCAGUGCUCAAGAGACCCAGUGGACCAUUUGACGCUCCACCUCUCGAGAAGAAGUACAAGCCCCUCAACACGCCGUCCAACGCCACCAAAGAGAUCAAAGUCAAGAUUAUACCAGCGCAACCGAUGGAGGCGACUGGUUUCCUGGACGCCCUCAACUCCGCCCCAGUGCCCGGCAUCAAAAUCAAGAAGAAGAAGGCCACGCCCACCUCGCCCGCGUCCAAGGCCAGUCCGUUUGACAGCAGAUCCUCCUCCUCCACCAAACCCACGUCGCCCGAAAACGGUUCCGGAAACGCAGACGAAAACCAGGAGCCCGACCGACCCGGGACCCCUGUGCCCAUGGAGGACGGCGACGCUGCAGAGAACGGAGACAAACCCAACGCUCUGUCCGAACCCCGCGGCGACGAGGAGACGCUCACCAAAAAAGGAAAAAAGAAGAAGACGGUUCACUGGGCCGAAGAGGAACAGCUCAAACACUACUUCUACUUCGACCUGGACGAGACGGAACGCGUCAACGUUAACAAGAUCAAGGACUUUGGCGAGGCGGCGAAGAGGGAGCUGAUGAUGGACCGGCAGACGUUCGAGAUGGCGCGGCGUCUGUCCCACGACACGAUGGAGGAGCGCGUGCCCUGGACCCCGCCGCGGCCCCUCACGCUGCCCGGGAGCCUGGUGGUGCCCGGUUCCAACAGCACCGAGAAGCUCACCCAGAGGGACCGAGAGAUGGGAAUCCUGCAGGAGAUCUUCCUCAGCAAAGAAAGUGUUCCCGACUGUCCACACGAGCCUGACCCUGAACCGUAUGAACCCAUGCCUCCUCGACUCAUUCCACUGGAUGAGGACACGUCCAUGAUGGAUGACAGUUACUCCGAGCCCAUGGACACCACCCCCCAGCAGGGCGCCGGCGCAGGAGACAACAAACUGCCCCCGGUCCUCGCCAACCUCAUCGGGAACCUGAGCACCAACUCGCGCAGCCCCCAGCAGGCGCCCAACCCCGUCAACAACCAGGCCGCGCCCUCGGUCAACGUGCAGGAGCUGCUCUCGUCCAUUAUGGGAGCACAGGGAAACCAGUCGACGGAGGAUCUGAUCAAACAGCCCGACUUCAACGAGAAAAUCAAGCAGCUGCUGGGCUCGCUGCAGCAGAACCAGAACCAGAACCAGAGCGGACCUCCAGUGAACCCGGGUCUGCUGGGUCACGGUCCGGGCAUGAACAACAUGAACAACAUGAACAACAUGAACAUGCACAUGCAGAUGCCCAUGAACGGAGGCUACCCCCCCAACAACGCCCCCGGAGGCCCCCGCUUCAACCACCCGCCGCCCCCGCACGGACCCCCCUUCAACGCCGGAGGGCCCCGCAUGAUGGGACCGCCGCCGGGACAGGGCCGGGGCGGAGACAACGGCAACUACUGGGGAGGGGACGACUCCAUGAGGGGGGGUCCACACAGGGGCGGACACUUCCACAGAGGAGGGCGGGGGCGAGGCGAAGGGCCGGGCUUCAGGGGCCGAGGGAGAGGAGGGCCCCGCGGAGGACACAACAACAUGAACGACAUGUCCAAGAGACCCGUGUGCCGUCACUUUAUGAUGAAGGGGAACUGCCGGUACGAGGGGAGCUGCGCCUUCUACCACCCGGGCGUCAACGGGCCUCCGCUACCGCCCAACUACAACGGCAACAACCCGCAGCACGGACACUAGCGCCCCCUCCGGCCGCUCCCCAAACCUUACGGACAAUCGCCAACCACUAUUUUAACUGGACACUUUUACACGAGACUGAAGAACCACUAUGUUACGGCACUCAUUUAAAAAAAAAAAAAACAACAAUCCUCGGAGAGCUGUCGAGAACUCUACUAAUCUCCUGUUAACUUUUGUACUGUGACUGAUCCAAGUGUUGCUGAAAAAAACCCGCUGCCUUCUGUGUUCCAGAGCAAGCACUUUAUAAACGCGAACAAAACAGGGCUGCACCGUUACGAGUUACGAAGAACUACUCGAUACGAAUGAAAUUAUUUGACUAAAAAAAGGUAAAAGCGCUCGAAAUUAAAUCUACACCUGCAGGGGGAGUUCACACAAAAACGACUAUUUAUGCACAAAAAAUGACUAAGAAACAGUGUAUUUAUAUUUAAAAAACAGAUUAAACUCGUAAAUUAUGAGUUUAAUCUGCGUUUUUUUUACGAAAAUAAAAAAAUACCCAAUUUUCAGCUCUUCUCCUGUUCGCAUUUGUCUCAUUUAAAUCCUUAAAGGUGCAUUGUGUAACUUUUUGUAGGUAUGUCUGAGCUAUAAAACCACCUGUAAUUGAGUAAAUGUAAAGCAGAGCUGUUUAAAGUCACACUGCGGAACAUUCUAGGCAGAGAAAUUACAUAAAAAUAGAAACAAGCGACCCCAAGAGUUACAAAAUUCACGAAAAUUAAGUGAAAUAUUUUGUCGACUGAGACACUAUUGAUUGAUACAUCGACUUAAAGGUGCAUUGUGUAACUUUUUGUAGGUACUUUUGGGCUAUGAAUCCACUUGUAAUUGAGUAAAUGUUAAGUAGAGCUGUUUAAUGCCACACUGAGGAACAUUCUAGGCAGAGAAAUGACAUAAAAAUAGAAACAAGCAACCAAAAAAUUUACAAAAUUCAUGAAAAUUGAGUGAAACAAUUUAUCGACUAAGACACUAUUGACUGAUGCAUCGACUUAAAGGUGCAUUGCGCAACUUUUCUGCUACCUGCCUGUCUCCAUGGCGACGUUACGGCUCCGUUUUGAAUGUUCCGCAGUAUGUUGUUAAACUGUUUAUCUUGCGUUUACUCAAUUUUACUCAAUUACACAUCGUUUUUUUUAUCGCCUUAAAACCGUGAGUUCUUGCUGUGAGCGGGCUUGCCUCUCCACAGAUCUGACCCCGCGAGAUAAAAUGCAACGCCACGCUGCCGAAAAGUUACGCAGCGCAGCUUUAAGCGCGUCGAGUUGUCCUGGCGAAACUGGAUCGAAGCGUUUGUUCCUGGAAUCGUGUCUCGGUGCAGCCCUCGGAACUUCAAAACGAUGGUGUUAUAAAUCCGUGGAGAAGCUCUCCCGGAUUUUCCCCGCUCCCCUCGCUGCUUGUACGAAAAGUUUUGGAAAUGCGUCUUUGCUUUUUUUUUUUUUUUAAAUCCCAAAGUCGUGCGUCUGUGAGAAGUGACGAUAUCUUCGGUCUUGUGCAGUGUUACCGUAUCCCGUUUUCCUCGGGGUCGUCGGCUGUAAAAAAAAUAAUACGUGUAAGUGUUUUCCGUGAAAACAUGUCACUUUUGCGUCUCUUCUGGGACUCGCCGAAUGUAAAGUUUCGUUUUUGUGUUUUCUUUUUGUGUUUUUUUUUAUUUUUUUAUUUUGAUACAUCCAAGGGAACAUUGGGCCUUUUUACGAUGGCUGCCGUUUUUUUUGUCAGUAUGAAAUGUUAUUAUUAUUAAUACGCAUUCAUACGUGUUUCUAUUUUCUUUUGUACAUUAUGUAAUGAAUAAAUGUCAGAACUUAAAUAAACUGUAAGAUAUUGUUUUUUAAUCACGCAAA